AUGAUGAUGUACAUUGAGAUUGUAUAUGGGGAUCAUGCUCAAAGGAACAAUGCACUUGUUGGAGCUCACAAAGUCACAUGGUUCAACAAAUCAAGAAACCUUCAAGCUGUUAAAAGAUUACAAUUUGUUGUCUCCAAUAUUGCUAAUUCUGAAUUGGCUCCAACGCAUCCGAUUCGUCUUGGUUUAGCGUUGAACUUCUCUGUGUUUUACUAUGAGAUUCUCAAUUCUCCUGAUCGUGCUUGUAAUCUCGCUAAGCAGGCGUUUGAUGAAGCUAUUGCUGAAUUGGAUACUCUUGGUGAAGAGUCAUACAAGGACAGUACUUUGAUUAUGCAGCUUCUUCGUGAUAACCUCACUCUCUGGACCUCUGAUAUGCAGGACGAUCCUACUGAUGACAUCAAAGAAGCAGCACCAGCAGCACCAAAACCUGCUGACGAGCAACAAUCCUAAGUCUGCGGCGAU